AUGUCUCUGGAUGAUAUUAGAGAAAGAGUUCUUUUGAAUUCAGGUGGUGAGGAACGCGUCGAAGUCAAUCAAAGACUUUUGAUCGACAAGAUUUUAGCUAGAUACUCUUCUGAGUUUGUAGUAUUCCGGGAGUUAAUGCAGAAUUCUGAUGAUGCGAGAUCAUCAAGUGUGCAAAUUAAAUUCGAAUCGGCAAAUCCAAGCAAGGAUAAAAAUAUUAUAAAGGAUAAAAUCACACGAAUUCUCUUCAAAAACAAUGGAUUCGCUUUUAGAGACGAGGAUUGGAAUCGAUUAAAGAGAAUUGCCGAAGGAAAUCCUGAUGAGCAAAAAAUCGGUGCUUUCGGUGUAGGCUUUUACUCAUUAUUCUCGGUCUGUGAAAACCCAUUCGUUACUUCCGGUAGACAAGGUAUGGCUUUCUAUUGGCGCGGUGACUAUUUAUUUGCCGGACAGGGACCAACCGAUGAAGUCCAGGAGUGGACGACAUUUUUAAUGGACAUGAGAGAACCUUUGGAGCUUCCAAACGUUGAGAAAUUCGCACGGUUUUUGGCUAAUUCGCUGGGGUUUACGGGGAAUCUCCGAGAAAUUUCGGUUUAUUUUAACGAUACAUUGAUGAUACAUCUGUCAAAGGAAAUACAAAAACCUAGGUUGAUGAGCACAACAGGGUUCGACGCAUUCUCUUUACGAAAAUUAUUUCAUCUUACUUCGGUAGAAGUUAGAAAUGUUCAACUAGUCGCUAAGAGAUUACUUGUUCCAACAAAUAUAAUUACUGAUUGUCAAACGAAAGAAACACCCAUUUUUCUUGGAAUCGUUAGCGGAAAUUUGGAUGUUAAACUCAGUGAAUCGUUUUCUGCAGAAAUGGAACGACUUACUAAAAAGAAACCGCCAAAUAAAACUUCUGUUCAAAUGAUAUUUACCGGUUUUGACGAUCUCGAUAAUAAUUUAUCUGGAGACCAUAUUUCUCGAGUAUUUAAAGAUUUAUUUCCACACCCAGAACAAGGAAGAAUAUAUAUAGGUUUUCCGACUCACCAGACCACAGGUUGCUGUUCACACUUUGCAGCCCGUGUGAUUCCUACCGUAGAAAGAGAGUCAAUUGACUUGGUGGACAAAACCUUGGGUAGAUAUAACAAAGAGCUGUUACGCAUCGCAGGAUUAUUGUGCAGAAUUGUAUAUGAGGAUGAGAUGAAUCAAAUCGCACGAAUUUAUAAUGAAAUGAUCGGUGCCAACAUUAAAAAUGAUGAUGAAAAUAUAAAAUGUGUUCGCGAAUGGCUUGAAAAACGAGCAGCACAUGCUUUGACACACUUUACGUUCAGGCAAAGUACGCCAAAUUCACGCGUUGGCAAAACAGCAGAGUUACAAUUUUUCAAUUGCUCAAAAAAAGAAUUGUCUAUAUUAUCAACGAAAGGUGUUCUUCCGUUAUCUAGCGUUCGCAUUCCUAAUCCAGAAAUGGAAGGAUUCAUAAAAGAAAUUCCGGUUAUUCCAAAUACUAUUCUUGAGCAAUGCAAUGAAUUUUUAGUUAAACUGGAAGAUAUUAUAAACGUGUUGUCCUUUCAAGAUGUUCUAUGUGAAUUGAAAAGUCGAACACUUUGUGAAGAUGAAUUGAUUAAACUUUCGAAAUGGUGGAUUUUUUAUAGGUCAAAUGGAAAUGAAGCCAGUCCAGAGGAAUUCGAACAGUUCAUGAAAUAUGCCACGGUAUGUGUUGGUGGUAAAAAUCGAGCGUUAAACACAUUUCGUUAUUUUUUGAAUCCAGGAAUAGUUCCUCCAGAUGUAUGCUUUUUAUUGGAAGUGUUUCCAUAUACCAUUUCUAAACAUUUGCAAAAGAAGGAUCUUGAAAAUUGGUUUGGAUGGUCAGAACUGUCAUUGGUUUACUGGGCAAGGUUUAUUGUUAACGAACUCGAUUUGGAGGUUAAUCCCGCAUUUGCCGAGAAAGUUCAUUAUAUUCUUGAAAGAAGUAUCAAAAAUAUUUCGCAAAAUGACAAGGACAUCAUUCGUCGGUUAUUUGCUAAAAAGAAAUGCAUUCCAACUAAGUUUGGAAUGAAGAUUCCUAGCGAGUCUUAUUUCCAAAAUGUUAAUCUAUUUCCCGACUUACCAACAAUCCAAUUUUUAAAACCUUCAAGCGUUCAGAAUAUAAUGCAACUCUUGGGCGUUCGAAAGGUCGUGGAAUUACAAAUCAUUUUUGAUCAUCUUGUUAAGCAAGGAAAUUGUGAUCACAUGCAACUUGUAAAAUAUCUUGCCUCGGAAUCGGAUAAUCUCGGAAAAGAUGAAAUCAUGAAAUUGAAGACCACCCCCAUCUGGCCUAAAGAAAAUUUGGCAGAAUUAAAACCUGAAUUUCAACGCUUUGUAAUUAGUGAUUUGUACGUACCUUCAUCUAUACAUCGCGAAUUGGGUUUACCUUUACUUGAUUGGAGAAAAAGAUGGAUCCGUAAUACAUUAGAAGGGAAAUUCUUAAUUGAUCUAGGCUUGCCGGAAUAUCCUGCACUUCAACAAAUUCUGGAAUUGGCAGCACCUCCAACCGAUCCUAACGUUCGUAGCAAGGCCCUUAAAUAUUUUAUUGAUAAUUUUAAUGAUAAAUAUUCUAAAGAUUACGAUGUGGAAAAUGUUAAUGUAGCAUUUUUACCCUGUAUGGAUCCAAGCAUUAACGCAAAGCCUUUAGAGUGUUUUAUCAAACCUGAAUGUUCAAUAAUGAAAUUCAAAGCAAUACGCCAAGAUUUACGGUUUCAGGUGGAACAAUUUGGUGUUCGUCAUUAUCCUAGCAAUGAAGAACUCAAAAAUUGGUUAAUCGAGAAUCCACCUCAAGAUGUGGAUAAUGCAAAAAAAAUCUUUGAAUAUUUGGCUUCACGACAGGGAGACUUUGAUUGGAAGGUUAUUUCUAAUCUCAAUUUUAUCCCAAUUCAAGAUAAACUUCAACCUGAUACAAUUAUUCGUGCAAAUCCUUGUAGUUGUUUCUUUGCCAAAGCACAAGAAGGAAGUCUGGAUGAUUACUUUACAUUAAUCGAUUUUGGACAAAAGGCCAAUAAAUUUCUCCAAAGUUGUGGCGUAAAGAACCAGCCACUACCAGUAGACUAUGCCAAAUUAUUAGUGAAAUCAUCAAGUGAAAUUUGGAAUUCGAUCAAUUCGAUCGGGGAUGCCAAAAAAUAUUUAAUGAUUUUAAAUAGGAUUGCCGCUGAAUAUGAUUAUAGUAUAAUAUACGAUCUAGGAUUAGUUGUGGAAAUGAAGAAAGCACCUAUUCUUGUAGCCGCACAGAUUGGCAAAUAUUGCUUGGCUUCAGCAGAAGACAUUUACAUAAAUGAUGACCCGGAGUAUCAGCAAAUUUUCAAACCAUUAUUCGCUCCAGAAGAUGAUAAAUUGAAAUAUUUUAAAUCAUUACGUGCAUCUGUUUCAGAAAAUAUAAAUCCAAUUGGUGGGGAACAAGAAACCGAGAAUUCCCGAAAGCUACAAGAAACGAUCAUGGAUAGAGCACAUUUGUUCUAUCAUGAGUGUCAAAAAAGUGAGAUAAGAAGAGAUGUGGAAUGGCUUAUGAAGCUAAAAGUCAGAGAAGUCCAACAAAUAAAAGCAACUUACACAUUGAAAUCAAAAAAAGAAACCAAAACCGAAAGUAAAUUCGUUACUGCUUGUAUCAAAGAGAAAAUGAAGCAAUCAUGGAUACUUUAUAUAACACCUAAUUCGGAAAUUAUCGAAAUUUCUGAACGUCUAGCCAGAAAUAUUUAUGAUGCAAACAAACGAAGGGAUGUCAUUUUUCUCAACAUGCUUUUAACCACAUCUUUAUCGAAAUUGGCAAAUAUGUUUCCAAUUGAUUGUAUACCCAACUUGCCUAACUUACGCACCGUCGAGAAUUAUGUGAUGAACAAUGACAUCCGACAAUCCACUUUAACUCCUGGAGAACUGCAAAAUACCUUGCAAUCAGCCAUUGAUGCUUGUCGCUCUAACUUGGGAGGGAUUAACAAUCAAGCUAUGGUCCAAAUUGUCAAAGAAAAUCAGCCGAGUUACUGCGACAUUAUUCCUGGUCAUUUAUUAUACUAUGUUGGAACUUCACAAGAGGUUAAAAUUUACGUUCCAAUAAAUGCUGUUACCUCAACAAAUCUAUUUCAAACACAUAGUGCUCAACUGAAUCGUUUUUUGAACGUAUUAAAACGACUUGCGGAAGUUUUUCAACUCGCAUCAGAAGUUAUUCAUAUAUUCUAUGACACUAAUUCAAGUUCGGUUGCGUUUAACAGUAAGGGAGCAUUGUUCUUCAAUCUAAAAUUUUUCCUAGAAUCACAUGAUGAUGAGUGUGAAAUUGGGAACACUGGUAAUGCCAUGACUUACUGGUUUUUGACAUUUUGUCAUGAAUUGGCACACAAUAUUAUUUUUGUUCAUAAUUCUAUACAUGAA